CAGUAGUUACUUCAGUGCUGUCAUUUGAUUUCUGACAUCUUAAAUUACAUUAGGCCUGUGGGGUGGGUACUUAUCCCAAGUUCAACAUAACACAGAAAGAAGGCACAUACAGCAAGCAUCUGGACAGUCCCAGAGAGUGAGAGAUAGACAUCUGGCUUGAUCUGACAGCAGGACACAGUUGUAGAGGUAAAUAGAUACAGAAACAGAAGGAGAGAUUGUGAUUAAUAAGCAGCCAACUGAAGAAGGCAUGGAAAUGUAAUGUUUUGAAAAUGAUAUAAGGAACCUCAGAACAAACUCAGAAAAAGCAUUGGCAAGCUUGAGUGGAAUACAGAGAGAAGAAAAACAUCCCAGAGGAUUGCUGAGAGUCCAAGACUGAAAUGCCCCGUCUAAUUUAUUUAGUACUUUUUCUUUGUCUGCUCCCGUUUGCUGUCCCUCUGUAUUGCUUUACUUGUGUGUUUCCUACAAUCUCUCCACUGGAUUGCAUUAAAUUCCCGCAGAAGUGCCCUCCAGGCCAGCACUGUCUGUCAAGCACAGCAGUCGGCAACCGAGGAGGGUUCCGUGUGGUCCUGUUUGAGAAAAGCUGUGUUAUCUCCUCUCUGUGCGGUAUCACUGGAGAGAAGUAUGCCAUGGGCAUAAACUUCACCUUCACCAAUGAGUGCUGCAACACUAACCUGUGCAACGGGGCCACUUCCUACACACCUUCUAUUUGGAUGGGCUAUCCACUCUAUCUUCUCCUCUACUUCUCUCUUGUAUCCUGGUGAUCAAUUAAAAACACACUAUACAAGAGACUCCACUCAAAGACACACAGUGUAUACAGACAGAAACAUUUACCACUUAAGUCACAAUACUUAAGAACUGAUUAAAAGCACCAGAGGAGCAGUUGUGGCCCAGAAAAUUCCCUGAAUUAUUUGAACGUGAUACUAAAACAACUAGAUAGUCCUUAAAUGGUUCAAACGACUCAUAAUUCAAAAGGCUUUGCAGAUCAUUUUAAGACUAGAAACCUGUUAUUUUAUGGUGGGUAAUACAGGAUAUAGGGCUUCUGGUAGUAUACUUACAAACAUUAUUUACAAUGAAUUUGUAUACUAUAUAAAAUUUAGCACUAUGUAUUUGAAGAUGACAUUUAGACAAUGUUUACUCUGACAUAUGAAGAAUACAUUUCUUAUAUCAGUAAUCCUUGUGUAAGUAGAACUUAACAUUAGACACUUUGUGCUAAUGAAGGUGGCCUAUGAUCUAAGGGUGAUGCAUUCAUCACAAUUUACCUGAGUGAUUACUUCAGUUGCAGUUAAACCAAACCAACUGAAUAUGCAUCAGCCUGAAUCAACAUUAGUUUUAUAUAAUGUCACAGGCAACAUAUACACAUGAUAUGGCGUAGACAUGGUACAAACAAAAUAGCACAUGGUAAAAUCCGGUACUAUAUCCCAGUGUGACAAAAUGUCUGUAGAAAUUGACCAGUUUCAAAAAUGAACUAAAACAUGAAUGUAACUUACAUUAAUCUGAAUGUUAACUAAGUGUGUGCACAGUAAACUUGCAUGAAAGAAUGUUCCCUUUGUAUUUAAAUUUGAAAUAGCUAACAAUAUUAUCAGCCUUUUUCAAUUUUUUUAAAUUACAAGAAAUUGUGUGAAAUAAUGUGGCAAAGAUUAAUAAAUUAAGUACUCUUG